AUGAUUUAUGACAAAUGCAUGCGGCUGGCAUCAUGGUCAUCAGCUGAAUCAGAAGUAGACGAAGAAUCCCCGUUAUUGCAAGCUACAGAAGACCACACUACUUCUCAGUCUGGUCUCCUGACCAAUUUAAUAUCACAAGAUACGUACAAUAUAAUGUCAAGUGUUUGGGUAUGUCACUACAUCUGGGCAAUUCCUUUAAAGGUGGCUGUUAUUUUGUAUUUACUUUAUACAAAAUUAGGAGUAAGUGCAAUAAUAGGAACCGCUGCUAGUGUUGUCCUAAUAACUCCCUUACAAUUUUACAUUGGCAUGAAGCUUUCGGACAAUUCCAAAAAUAUUUCAAAGUGUACUGAUCACAGAGUAUCCAAAAUGUCAGAAAUUUUACAGGGCAUAAAUGUUAUUAAACUUUAUGUUUGGGAAGAUUUGUUUAAUGAAAAAAUUUUGCAACUAAGAGAAGUUGAAUUAAGACUGCUAAAUAAGGAUUCUAUUUACUGGGGAAUUCUAACUUUUACAACACAAGCAUCCACAAUACUUAUAACAGUUAUUACGUAUACACUGUUAUAUUUUUUAAACAAUGAUGGUUUAACAGUAAUUAAUGUAUUGGCCGGUUUGGCGUUAUUCAAUCAAUUAGCAGUACCUUUGCUUAUUUUACCCGUGACGGUGCUCAUGGUGAUUCAAGCUAUGGUAAGUACCAAGAGAAUCGAGGACUUUUUAGAACUACCGGAAUCAAAUAAUGUGAAAGAAGAUGGUUGUGAACAAAGUGCAUCAGAUAAUAAAUCUUAUCAUUUGCUUUCAAACAACAUUAUGGAAUCAGCUCCAGACUGCAACUAUUUUCCAAAUCAAGAGCAAACCAAUAAAGAUAUUGAUGUUGAAUGCGAAGACAAAUUCUUUGAAGAUAGCAAAUCAACUUGCAAUGAUCAAGAUUACUUAAUAAGAUUCAAAAACGCUGUACUUUCUUGGAAAAUGAAUGACAACACCUGGCUUGAUAUUGAUGAUUUAGAUAUUCCAAAAGGCAAGCUGAUUAUGGUUGUUGGAUCCUCUGGAUCUGGCAAAUCGUCAUUUUUAUCAGCUAUACUAGGGGAAAUGAAUCUCGAAAGGGGUGACGUCCAUUGGAAUGGAGAAUACAGCGCUUGUUAUGCGGGACAACCUCCAUGGCUAAUCGAAGGCUCGAUCCGUGAUAACAUCCUCAUGGGACGACGUUGGAAUCCAGCAGAGUACGCGCGCGCCCUGCGUGCUGCUGCUCUGAGACCCGACCUACAAAUUUUACCUGAUAGCGACCGUACGCAGCUAGGUCGCCAUGGAGCACCGUUAUCGGGCGGGCAGCGUGUGCGUGUGUGCGUGGCGCGUUGUAUAUACAGCGGUGCGCGGCUGCUGGCAUUGGACGAACCGCUCGGUGCCCUGGAUGCGGCCCUGGCGCGACACGUGGUAGCCCGUGGGCUGUUGCCUGCUGCGAGAGCUGGCCGUACCGUCAUAAUUGCUACAAAUCGCUUAGAACUUCUACACUACUCUGACUUGGUGAUAGCAAUGGAAGAUGGGCGGGUGUGUGAGGUGGGGCGGCCGAGGUCUGGCACUCGUGCGUGUGGCGGGCCCGGUGAAAACACGCUGCGGCGCUGGGCGCGGUUGGCUGCGGAGGCGCGGGCGGCCGUGGCGCGCACCGGCGCCGGCCCGCCCGGCGGCUCCGCACGCGAACGUGCACGCUUGCUACGUGCGCUCAGCCGGACUAACUUCAACACUCACAAUAACGACGAAGACACGGUGGGUAUCAGUGAGGCAACAGGCGCGCAUUUCCUGGCCGAAAUACCAACGCGCGCAGGCGGUAGCUGGCGUCGAACCUCCACACGCCCGCGGACAGCCCUUUCGAGACAAUUCUCUUCACCCCCACCCUCUGUGCACCGCUUCAAAUGGAGUCGUGAAGUACGACGCGCGGUGAGCGCGGACGAGUCGGACACCAGUCGGCCACGCGUGCACAAGACGCUCGCGCGAUGGACACCGCGGACACUACACCGAUUGUUAAGCACCGACGGCGAUGCACAAGCAGACGAUCUUCAAGAAAAUGCUAAAGAUGAAUCCACAACAGUCGACACAACUUUUGCUUCGGUUCCAUCUAAUGGUGUUGAAACAACAACUAGCAAACAUUCUGAUAAUUUAAUGUCAAAUAAGGAGGACUCGGAACAAAUAAUUAGUGAGAGCUCAAUUUGGUGCGUGUACGCACUUGCGUGCGGUUGGUGGGGCGCUAUGUACUGGCUAGCAGCGGCGGCCGCGCAGGCAUUUACGCUCACUGCUGACUGGUGGCUUUCUAACAGUGCCGCGACCAGCUCAAGGACAGCUCUUACUGAUGAUGAUGUGUGGGCGGCGGUGUGCGCGUACGUGUGGUGGAGCGCGGGCGGCGCGGCGGGGGGCGGCGCGGCGCAGGCGUGCGGCGCGGGCGCGGGCGCGGCGGCGCGGCGCGCGCUGCACGAGCGCCUGCUGCACGCCACGCUGCACGCGCCGCCGCACCGCGCCGCCGCCACCGCGCUGCACCGCUUCUCCGCCGACAUCGCCGUCGUCGAUCGGAAGUUGGCAACCGCGGUGACGCGAUGGGCGCAGCUUGCGCUGUUGUGCGCAGCUGCGGUGCUGGUGAAUAUUAUUGCGUCGGGCUGGAUGCUUCUGGCUUUCCUUCCUGCGUUUCUUUGUUUUCUACUACUGCAGAAUAUCUACUUACACAAUGCUAGCGAGGUGCAGCGGUCGGAAGCUCAGAGCGCGGCGCGCGUGGCGUCGCUGUGCGUGCAGACGGGCGCGGGCGCGAGCGCAGUGCGUGCGUGCCGCCUGCAGUCCCGCAUGCGCGCCGCCUUCUUCACACGCCUCGACCGCAACCACAACUCGCUUUUGCUGCUGAACACCGCCAACCGUUGGCUUGGACUCACACUGGACCUGGUGGGUGCGGCAAGCGUAUGUGUGUCCCUGGCGACGGCGCUCGCAGGCGCCGGGUCGGGCGGCGCGGCGGGCGGCGCGGGCGGCGCGGCGGGGGCGGGGCUGGCGGGCGCGUACGCGCUGCUGCUGCCCGCGUACCUGGCGCACGCCGCCAAGUGCCGCGCCGACCUGCACCAGCAGCUCGCCGCGCUGCAGCGCAUCCUCGCCGACACCGCCGUGCCGCAGGAGGACUACCGAGACGACUGCCCGAUCCCUGCAGACUGGCAAAGGAAUGGCAAAAUAGAGUUCGAAAACGUGACAGUUCAGCAUCAUCCUGACGCUCCACCCAUACUUAAAAAUAUAAACUUGACAGUAAAUCCCGGUGAAAAGCUGGCGAUAUGCGGGCGCAGCGGCAGUGGCAAGUCGACGCUGGUGCUGGCGUGCGCGGGCGCGGCGGCGGCGCGCGUGGCGGGCGGCGGGCGCGUGCUGCUGGACGGCGCGGACGCGGCGCGCGUGCCGCUGCGCGCGCUGCGCCGCCGCCUGCUCGUGCUGCCGCAGGAGGCCGCGCUUUUCGCCGGCACGCUGCGCGAGAACCUCGAUCCGCUCGCCGUGCACACCGACCACGACAUCUGGCGCUGCCUCAAGGCCGUCGGCCUGCACGACUUCGUCUCGGCGCAGCCCGCGGGCUUAGAAUGCAGCGUGGGCGGUGGUGAGGCGCGGUGGUGGGGCGGCGGGCGCGCGGCGCGCGUGUGCGCCGGCCGCGCCGCGCUGCACGCGCGCCGCGCGCACGCGCUGCUGCUGGACGAGCCGGGCGCCGCGCUCGACGCGCCCGCCGAGCGCGACCUGCUCGCCGCGCUCGCCGACCUCGCCCCCAACACCACCAUCAUCACCGUCGCGCAUCGAGUGUCAGCAGUGCGUGGGUACGACCGUGCUGCCAUACUGGAGGAAGGCCGGAUAGUCGAACUGGGCAGUAUAAAAAGUCUGUUGGCACAACCCACUUCGAGACUAGCGCGCAUGAUGGCUGCUCAUAAUCAAGCACAUUAG